GCUCCCUAUCCAAUCUUCUCCUCCCUCCCUUCCCCGCGUCGCGGCAAGACGACCUCGCCGCUCCCUGCCUCCCUCUCCCCGCCGCAGGUGCUGGAGAUGCAGGCGACUGCCGCCUCCUUCCUCGCCCGCCCACUCCCGCGGCUUCGCCGCAUUGGCAGCUGGGGAGCGGAUGCGGCGGUGGUGCGUGAGGGCGUUAUCGCGCUCCCUCUGCGGCUGCGGGGGCCGCGGUGCUCCAUUAGCCUCUCCAUCGGCGCCGGCGCCGGCGCUGGCGCCGAAGCUGACCACGAGUUCAGCUACGAGCAUGUUCCGGUGUUCCCUAGAUACCGAAUACGAGAUCCCUACAAGCUUCUUGGUGUUGAUCGUGACGCAUCUGAAGAAGAGAUCCGAGGUGCGAGGAAUUUCCUUAUUCAACAGUAUGCUGGGCAUGAACCGAGUGAAGAAGCUAUUGAAGGUGCUUAUGAGAAGAUAAUUAUGAAGAGCUACCAGCAGCGGAAGAAGACAAAAAUUAACUUGAAAACCAAGUUAAAGAAGAGAGUAGAGGAAUCCCCUUCAUGGGUCAAAGCACUUCUUGGUUGCUUUGAGGUGCCAUCGAUGGAUAUUAUCUCCAGAAGAUUGUUUUUCUUUGCUUUCAUUGCUGGAUGGAGCAUAGCAACUUCUGCAGAGAAUGGACCUGCGUUUCAGCUCGCGAUAUCGCUAUUCUCAUGCAUAUAUUUCCUCAACGAAAAGAUGAAGAACCUUCUAAGGGCAUCAACCACUGGGUUUGGAAUACUUGUUGGCGGUUGGAUCAUUGGUUCUCUACUGGUUCCACUGGUCCCAACAUUCAUCAUCCCACCUUCAUGGUCUCUAGAGCUACUUACCUCACUAGUUGCUUACAUUUUCUUGUUUCUGGGAUCCACUUUCCUGAAAUGAAUCUGUUUCAAUCUUGUAACUGGAACUGUUGGAUCUUUUGAGAGGGAAAUUACGAUGACUGAUCUCUGGAUUUGAGUUUU